AUGCCGUCUCUCUUCAAGUACGCCGCCGUGGCGCUGGCUGCGGCUGCUCCUUUCGCCUCGGCUCAGACAUACACCGACUGCAACCCGCUGCAGAAGACUUGCCCUGCUGAUGCCGGUACCACCGAGUCCAAGCUGAACUUUGACUUUACUCAGAGCUCUGGUCUGAACAAGUGGAAGACCGUUGCUGGCUCUGUCAGCACUGGCUCCAACGGUGCUGUCUUCACCGUUGCCAAGAAGGGUGAUGCCCCCACCAUCGAGACCGACUUCUACAUCUUUUACGGUGAGAUCUCGGUCACCAUGCAGGCUGCUCCCGGCACUGGUAUUGUCAGCUCCAUUGUCUUUGAGUCUGAUGACCUGGAUGAGAUUGACUGGGAGGCUCUCGGCGGCAACACUGCCCAGAUCGAGACCAACUACUUCGGCAAGGGUGAUACUACUACCUAUAACCGCGACACUUGGCCUGCCGUCGCCAACCCCCAGUCUACCUUCCACACCUACACGGUGAACUGGCAGAAGGACAAGACCGUCUGGUCCAUUGACGGUACCCCCGUCCGUACCCUGAACUACGCCGAUGCUCAGGGCGGCGCUCGCUACCCCCAGACCCCCAUGCGUGUGCGCAUCGGUAUCUGGGCUGGUGGUGACCCCUCCAACGGCCAGGGUACCAUUGACUGGGCUGGUGGCAAGACCGAUUACUCCCAGGCUCCCUUCUCCAUGUACGUCAAGUCGGUGUCGAUCACCAACGCCAACCCGGCCGACUCGUACACCUACAGCGACACCUCGGGCUCCUCCGACAGCAUCAAGCUCAGUGGUGCCGGUUCCCUCAGCCAGACUUCCAGCUCGUCCAGCUCUUCCAGCUCUACCAGCUCUACCAGCUCUACCAGCUCUACCAGCUCGACUAGCUCGACUAGCUCCUCCACCAGCUCCCAGUCUACUGAGAGCUCCACCACUGCUCACACCACUCUGGCCACCACCACCCACACUUCCACGGCCAAGACUACCACUGCUGGCUCCACCACUGCCUCAUCUACGGGUGCCACCACCUCCGGCUCUGCCUCGGGUUCUGGCUCUUCCACCACCCCCUCGGGCUCUUCCACUCAGUCUGGUUCUUCCUCGAGCACCGGCUCCGGCUCGGGUACCACCUCGGGCUCGGGCUCGGGCUCUGCUUCUGGCACUGCUCCCAAGGCUAGCGCUACUUUCAACGCUGCCGCCAACGUGGUUGCCAACUACCUCGCCCCCAUCUCCCUCCUGGGCCUGGUAACUGCAUUCUUCCAGCUGUAA